AUUUCAGCUAAGCGAGGUCUUAUUUUUCACAAAUUUCGUAUGAUCGUAUCUGGUGGAAUGGCGGAGGAGGAGGAGAUGGCGGCGGAGAGAGAGAGCGCGCAAAGUGGGGAUGAUGCGAGCUUGGAUGAAGAAGCUGUGAGGAGAGAGAGACGGAGGGAGAAAAAGAGGAAGCGGCUGUUAAAAGAAGCUGAGAAAGCAGAGAAGCGGGGCGUUUGCUAUUUGAGUCGGGUGCCUCCGCAUAUGAAUCCGUUGAGGCUUCGCCAAAUUCUUUCACAGUAUGGAGAAAUAGGCCGAGUUUAUCUUACUCCAGAAGAUCCUGCUAAUCAAAUGCGCCGGAAAAAGUCUGGUGGAUUCAGGGGGCAAGAGUUCUCAGAGGGGUGGGUUGAGUUCAUUGACAAGAAAGUUGCAAAGAGAGUUGCGAGCAUGUUGAAUGGAGAACAAAUUGGUGGAAAGAAAAGGUCAUCCAUCUACUAUGACCUGUGGAAUAUCAAAUAUUUGAGUAAAUUUAAGUGGGAUGAUCUUAAAGAGGAGACAGAAAUAAAGAAUGCUACUCGAGAGCAGAAGCUGGUGUUGGAACUCUCUGCUGCCAAAAAAGAGCGAGACUUUUAUCUCUCCAAAGUUGACCAAUCAAAGGCGAUUAGUAAGAUUGGAGAGCGGUUAAAGAAGAAGCGGAAGAUUGAAAUGGUACCGAAAGUAGUCCGCCAUUUCCCUCAGAAGAGACCAUUCGGGAACGAAACCGGAGAGAACAAGGGCCAACUAUCAAGGGACAUCUUGGCAGGAGUGAGUGUUUAUUUGACUCUGUCAGCUAUUCUUGAUUGUAUGUGUUUGAUAUUUAGAAUCUUCAUGUAUGUAUUUCAGGUUUUUGGCUCGUGAUGACUGAUGAGUUUUAUGCGAAUCGGCUAUUUUUUGUGAGGUAUUGUUUCCUUCAAGUGCAGUUUUGGAGUUUGCAAACACUCGGGUUGAUGUUCAUGCUUUGUCAUGUUUGUAGCUGUUAAAUGCUCUACCAUAGGUCAUAUUUUUCUUAUACUAGAUAUAGAAUGUUUUAGCAAUUUAUUGCCAAAAAAUAGACCUCGUAGUUAUAAGAACAUCUGCAGUCUCUUUGAGUUUUUUGGAUUGUAUUAACUCUUUUCACUCUAUUUUGGUCUCUCUUGUCAAUUAAGGAUCAUUUGGGAAAA